GUUUUUAUUUUAUUUUUUAUUUUUUAUAGGUAGAGGUCAAAGGAGAGAUGAACUCAUGACCUACUAAUUGUGAGGUGUCCUUGCCAAUUGAGCUACCCCUUCAGGUUGGGUUCUGAUUCUUGGCUUUCGAGUUCCGUCUACUUUUAUAUGCUUAGCCCAAUUCUUGGUUUUGUUAUCAUUGAUCACUACCUGCUCACUUGAAAUCUGAGGAUGAGUCACCACUUGUCCAUGGCGGCGUGCAAUCCUCCUGAACUAAUGCUUAAGCCUACAGGAAUGUAUCAACUGCCUCGUCUCUGUUGGUUUCUACCUUUUUUUACGUUGUUCUGGUUGUUACUUGUUUACUUCCAUUUUGUUAGAGUUGGUAACAUAGAUGAGUUCAUAACAGUAGAGCCUAAUCCAUUCCCAACCCAGUCAUCCAAGGAACAUCAUCUACCACCACCACCGGCGAACAGUUAUCCGUUUAUUCGGGCUUUGAGAACAGUAGAGAACAAGAGUGAUCCUUGUGGGGGAAGGUACAUCUAUGUCCAUGACCUUCCUCCACGGUUCAAUGAAGAUAUACUCAAAGAGUGCAAGUCUCUCAGCCUCUGGACUGAUAUGUGCAAGUUCAUCACCAAUUCUGGGCUUGGCCCCCCACUGGAGGAAGAUAUCAAAGGGGUUUUCUCCAAUACUGAAAUGUAUGCCACCAACCAGUUUGCUCUGGAUGUGAUCUUCACCAACAGAAUGAAGCAGUAUGAAUGCUUGACGCGAGAUUCUUCAAUUGCUGCCGCCAUUUUUGUUCCGUUCUAUGCUGGAAUGGACAUUUCCCGCUACCUUUGGGGUUAUAACACCUCUGUUAGAGAUGCAACAUCACUAGCUUUGGUGGAUUGGCUUGUCAAGAAACCAGAGUGGAAGGUCAUGGGUGGUAAGGAUCAUUUCCUGGUUGCUGGUAGAAUAACUUGGGAUUUUAGAAGAUCAACUGAUCAAGAUUCUAGCUGGGGUAACAAGCUUUUUACUCUUCCAUUUGCUAAGAAUAUGUCGAUGCUUGUGGUUGAAUCCAGCGCGUGGAAUGGGAAUGAUUUCGCUAUACCAUAUCCUACUUACUUUCAUCCAUCAAAGGAUUCAGUUAUGUUUGAAUGGCAGGAUAGGAUGAGGAAACUGGAAAGGCCAUGGCUUUUCUCAUUUGCAGGAGCUCCAAGACCAGGGUAUCCUAAAUUAGUUAGAGGACAGGUCAUUGAGCAAUGCAAGAAAUCCAAUCUCUGUAAGCUAAUAGAAUGUGGAAUUGGGCAGAGUAAGUGUCAUUCUCCAAGCACUGUAAUGGAAAUGUUUCAGAGUUCUCUGUUUUGCCUUCAACCUCAAGGUGAUUCAUUUACAAGAAGAUCAGCUUUUGAUUCAAUUUUGGCUGGUUGUGUACCUGUGUUCUUCCAUCCUGGUUCAGCUUACACACAGUACACUUGGCAUCUCCCAAGGAAUUAUUCAAAGUACUCUGUUUUCAUUCCAGCUGAUGAUAUUCGUUUAAGGAAUGUUAGUAUAGAGGAAAGGCUUCUGCAAAUUUCUCCAGAGCAGGUGAAAAUGAUGAGGGAAGAGGUUAUAAGUCUCAUACCAAGGUUGACAUAUGCAGAUCCAAGGUCUAAAUUGGAGACUCUUAAAGAUGCAUUUGAUGUAGCUGUGCAAGCUGUUAUAGACAAAGUUACUAAGUUGAGAAAGGAUAUCAUUGAAGGUCAUGAAGAUCUUAAUUUUAAUGAGGAGAUUGCUUGGAAGUAUGCUUUGUUAGAGGAUGGUGAAAGUGAGUUAAGGCCUCAUGAAUGGGAUCUUUUCUUUUCAAGUGGGGAUUCAGAUAGUUCAUCUAGUCAAGCCUGAUCCCUGUGAUGAAUCUUGAAAGGGUUGUCCAUUUUGAGAUGACUCUCAUAACAAGCCAAGAGAAUGGUUUUUUUCAUUUUCUCUUUUUGGUAAAAUGUUUCCAGUGAGGGAGUGUGGUUCCUAUGCGUGCGUAAAAGCUAAUGGGAGCUCGCAAGGAAGUAUCUACGGAAGUGUCAUUUUUUUUUUCAUGAAGACAGGCUGAUCAUUUCACUCACCAUGUAUCCAGACGAAGAAUCACACUUCCCACAUAAAACAUUUUUCCUUUAUUUAUUUAUUUUUCCAAACAGUUAAGUGUGACUAGGGUUUUUUGUUUUUUUUUAAUGCUCAAGUGCAUAUCAAGUUUCAAAAGCUCCAAAUUUUAACAAUUGGGUCAAAUGGUUUAACAUCUUUUUUCAUGUACUUUGGAUCUUUAAUUUAUUUUAUUUCUUAAUAGAAUAUUUGAUGAUUGCAACUUUGCAC